CGCGCUCAUGCUGUGAGCAGCAGCAGCUGUGUGAUCCAACAAAAACAUCGCAGCUGCGACUCGCCGCGGUUUGCAGCUCGAUCGCUUUUAUUUACUCGAAAAUACAUAUGGAAGUGCGCGAGUGAUCUUUUAUCGUCGAUAAAUUCCACAUCACGUGUGAAACAUGUCGCGGCAUCGAGACGUCCGUUCCAUGAAUUACUCGGAAGAGUACGAUGGCUACGAUGACGUUUAUGGGCAUUCAAUGGAGGACGAUUAUUGCGUGUCACCCAGUGUGGAGCAGUUUUUAUUCGAUCGGAGCAAACAACAGAAUAUCGCUUCAUUUAUCACGGAGCCGGACAUAGUGGAGGACAAUGAGGACGUCGACGAGUCUCCGCCGUCGUCCAACGAAGAGAAGAAAUAUAACCUUUCCGAGUUGGAAAGGGCAAAGUUGAUAUCUUGUUUGGAAACAAUUAGGAACGUUAUAGGCGACACGGUGUCUGACUCCAAAUUGAGGGAGAAGAUUGUCCUGUCGAAUUUCGAUGCAAACGUAGCACUCGACGCUAUUUUGAAGGAGUCUUCGCCGAAACAAGCCGUUGACUCCGCAAAGAAUAAGAAACAAUUGGAACGGCAUCCAGGUGUUUCAGUUGACAAAUCCAAUACACCCACACACGUGUUCACAAUACCUAGAUUUUCAUUUAAGAAACAAGAGAAUUUAUCUAAAGAUUCUAGUUGUCAAUUGAAUAACGUAGACAGCUCGAAAGAUGUAAAUCAUUCUCUCAAAACUGUCUCGUCAUUAGCCGAGCUUGUUUCCCGUCACGCGGGAUCCGUAAAUUCGGAUACAACAAAAAUGUCUUCGCAAAAUGACACGAAUACGCAACCUUUCAGCUCCUUGGCUGCCUUAACUGCGGAUUAUUUGCAAAAAUCUAACGUAGCCGAUAGGGUAGAAUCUCGAGAUAGACACCAAUCGUCAGUCUCGCAAUUUAUUAUUCCAAAAUUAUCGAUUAAGGAAAUGGAUAGUGAGGAAACUAAGAAUUUACCAAAGCUCCACAACAAUGAAAAUAGUAAAAGACAGGUAGUAUUUGCUAAUAGUUCAGGCAGACGUGAAGUCGAUUCACUUCAGAAAGAUUUUGCGAAUAUGGAUAUCUUCCCAGAAAACAAUAUUAACGUAACAGAUAUUAAGUCGAGAGAACAAAUUAUAAAUCCAAUAAGUAUUGCAAAUGAAAUUUGCACUCCAUCACCUAGAUCUAUCCAUGACGAUUUGAUGGAUGCAAAUGAAAUUUGCAUUCCAUCACCUAGAUCUGUCCAUGACGAUUGGAUAGAUCUGAGUACCGCUUUGAAGGAAGCAGAAUUCCUAACUGACAGCACUUUUUGCAACGUUAAUUUGACUACUUCGAGAAAAUUGUAUCAUGACAUGCACAAUUUAGAGAUAAGCCUUGAGGAUGACAAUAGGGUAACGCCUAACAUGCUACCAGUCACUCUAAAUUUACGUGCCUUGAGACGAGUUAAACUUCCGCAUACAAAAAAUAACGUUUCGGUAUUUGGGAAAACUUUGUGUAAAAAGUGGAGGACAAAGAGACCGGUUCUUAGAGAUGUCGUACAGCAUUACAACACAGUUAAACCCUUCGAUUUUUCUACCCCGUAUCGAAAUCGAUCUUAACAAUAAGAUAUAUCUAAGACUAGAUAGAUGAUGCAGGAUGCUAAAUGUGUAACAUAUGUAUAUUUAGUCAAAAUUUUUUUGAAAAAUAUGUGAAAGAAAUAUAAUAGGGAUAAUAAUAUUUUAAUUACAUACUUUUAAAUCUUUACCAGUAUGACUGUCUUUUAUUAGCUUGUAUUUACUAGAGAGUUUUGAGGGAGAUACCGAAAUGUUUUUAAAUAAACGAUAUAAUGUAUCA